ACGAUCCAGCUUGGUCUUUGAUGUCAUCGACUUGCAUCUCACGUCGCGGAUGCACCGCGCGUGCUUAAAAGCGGAAGUAUAAUGCGAUUAUCGAUUGCUAUGACAGAAAAUGCGUUGAAUGGAAGGCGCGCGCGGGGGCGGCGCGCGGGGAGCCGCGUCGUUUGCUCGCCGGCCGCCAGUUAGUGCGCCACACGACGCGGGCUGCGACGCACGUCCCACGCAGCCCGCUACGCCGGUAUUUCGAGUGUAGUGCAAAUGCUUGUGUUUAUAUGGCGCUCAUGUUACUACAAGUGCUCGUGUUGGGUGUGUUCGCGGCAGCGGCCGAUGAUGUUCCGCUAACAUGGUAUUGGUCGUCACGCACUCUCGUGCCGUGCACGCUGCCGGCGCCGGCGCCGCAGCUGCGCAAGCCGCCUCCCUUGCGCGGGGAAGACUCCCCCGCCCCUUACUCCUGGCGACGUGAUGGGGUCAACGACACUCACAAAAUUCUGGCUAAUGGCACACUAGACAUACGCAAACGUGAAGGCGCCGAUGGCGUAUACCAGUGCACCGCCGCGUUGCGCCGCGGCGCGUUGCUUAGCUACCCUGUGCGACUGAAGAAUGCGCACCUGGACAAGUUCUCCAAGUACCCUGAAAACACGACGGCCAGACGCGGACAGCCGGUGAUCUUGCCUUGCGUCGUUAGCUCAGCGCCGCCGGCCACCAUCUCCUGGCUGAAAGAUGACCGGGAUCUUCCUGCAGACGACAGAUACUAUUUGCUGAAAGAUCAGCUACUUAUAACUGAAGUGCGAGACAGCGAUGCUGGUCUUUACAGAUGCAUAGCAACAAACUCGUACGUGAACAAAACCCGUACAAGCCACGGCGGUCGGCUGCACGUGGCUCCUUCAGAACCUCAAGCCCUGGAGUUCAUGCCCACCUUCGAAGACCACCAGCUCCUAGUUCCAGAAGGGGGGGAUGCGGUCCUACCGUGUCCCGUAGCUGGAUGGCCUAGGCCAUCUGAAGUGACCUGGGAUCUGGCUGGAAAAUGGCUACACAGCGGCCCUGUGCUCGUCUUGACAGAUGUAGACGUGUCACAAGACGGUAUCUAUACCUGCAAUGUACCAGGGCAUCAGGACUUAAAGAAGACAUAUAACGUGACCGUGACUAAACCUGUCAACAUCACUCUGCCGCCGGUAUCAAAAGAAGCCAUUCGAGCCAGCACCAUCCGGUUCAACUGUACCGCUACAGGACGACCUGAGCCUAAUAUCACUUGGUACAAGGACGGAGUGCCUUUGGCUCUUACUGAGAAGAUUGGGUUGUGGAAAGCUGCGUUCCUAAACCCGGGCGACGAGGAACGUAUCGAACUGGUCAUCAACAGCAUCACUUCUAAAGACGCUGGUGUAUACCAAUGUUUUGCUAGUAACAACGUGUCAAUCGCCUCAGCGUGGGCGACGCUGACAGUCACAGGGCCGCCGGCCGUUGCUGCUCCUCAAGAUAUCACCUGCGCCCCGCUGGGGGCUCAGGAAGUGCUCGUGCGUUGGGCUCCAGUGCCUACGGAUGUGCUGGCUUAUACAGUGCACACUACUGCACAAGAACCUGGUGGAACAGGGAUGCCGCUAGGACAACCCGUGCAAGACCCUCGCGCCGUGGUUAGCGUACCUAAAGCACUCACGCCAUACCGCUUUCAAGUCCGCGCAUAUAUUCAAUCUGCCAAGGGUGCGGCCACUGAAUUCUCGGAUUUCGUGAUCUGCCAAGGCCAAGGAGUCCCAAUAAACCUGACCAAAGAUGACAAAUCGGUGUUGGUGUCAUGGCAGAGGUUCGCUAAACAGACUCCUGGGGUGGUGGAGUGGAUCCUGCAGAGUCGGAUGGUAGACGAGCAUGACGCGGUCAGCAAUGUGACUUUAGAUGGAGCAGUUACCAACUAUACCUUGGAUAUUCCCGAAGAAGGCGACCUUCAAAUCCGCGUCCUGGGCACCCGGAUGCGACCCUGGCUGCAGCAGAACCUGAGCAGCGUGCCGUGGCGCUCCUUGGACCUUAGCACUGGUGACGUACGAGCAACACCUAGAAACAUUCAAGUGACGAAGAUCACGACCCGCGGCUUCACCGUGCAGUGGGAGACCGACGACCUGGCGCCCAGGAAGUACAAGUUCCUGGUCUGCGUGCUCAAGAUCGACGAUCCGUCGAGCGACGAUGGCAAUUGUCAGUACAGCGAUAAGCACUCGGUCACAAUAAACAAUCUCCAGCCGGCCAGCGAUUACGAAGUGCGCGUGGAAACCCAGCUGCAAGACCUCGAGGCCGUCGAGGCUCAGCUGCCGUAUCGCGUGUCUACCUUGGCUGAAGAAGACGCAAAGUUGAUCUACAAGUACAUCAACACCACGACAGUACGAGUGUCAUGGAAUGGAGUCGGAAGGUACACCGUGCGACACAGGCAGAAGCUAGGGCCGCUCGGCGACUGGUCCACGGUCAACACUGAUGGGAACACCGUACUCUUGACCGGCCUGGAUCCGAACUCGGAGACCUAUGUGGAGGUGAUCAGCAACGAAGGCAAAGCCGGGAGCGACACUAUCACCAUCCCGCCGCAAAUUAAGGAUCUUAACGCCAAGGACCUGUCCUACGUGUACACGAGCAGCGGCAUCACCGUGUCGUGGGUCGGCUCCGGCCCCCGAGUGGUCAAGUUCGCGCAGAACAUUACGCAGCCGCUCGAGAAGUGGCACGUUAUCAACGUCACUGAGAACCAUGUUCAGCUUGUGGGCCUAGACCUGUCACUUCCGACGUACGUGACGGUGACGGCGCAGGGCACCGGACAAGUGCUCACCAUUCCUCCGGCCCCGGAGCAACCUUCCAUCGCCGUAGCUUUUUUGACAGGCGUGGGCAUCGGGUGCGCGGCGUGCGUGCUGCUGUUUUUGGUGGCGGCUGCACUGCUGGUGUGGCGGCGUCGCAAAAUGGCCGCAUCACCUGCCAGAUCACGACGAAGGACCAUGUCCCCUAUCGAAGGACACGAAGGAGAGAGCUCGGAAAUGAAGAACAUAGGCGGUCGGCUGGCGAACGGCGGUGCCGCAGGGGAGCCGCUCCUCAACGGACACGUACACAUCACUGAGAACCCCACGUCAAAAACCCCAAACGGUAAAAUGAAGAAGCCCCGCUACGAGCCGUUCGACGUGUCGCGCCACGCCGCCGACACGACGCUAGAGACCGUCCUCGACGCCGACUGCUCCGCCUCCUUCCUCCUCGACACCUCCCGCCGCCCCGACUUGCACACGUCGAGAUCCUCCCGCGAUCUCUCCACCGACAACUCCUACAACAAACUACCUGACGAUAACAUGAACUCCGAAAUCACCCGGAGCUCGGAAUUUACGCUAGACGACAGCAAAAUUCAGCCCACGCUUCAACCCAACGGUUGAGACCCCCGUCGCCCGACCCUCGAAUUACACAGGGAUAGGCGAUCCCUCGCAGACCUCCGGGCUGUUAGUUACUGGAGACUGUUUAGGACGGCGCGAGGAUAGCUUGGCGUGUUUUGUUCCUAAUAGACUUUAUUUUUAACGACGUAAGGCUGAUUUUUGAUAACAAGUACGAGUACAAAGUAUAAUUUAUCGGUUCUUUCAAGCGCGAAGCCAUCCUCGCGCACUUUGUUAUGGUGUAUAUAACUGUAGCCCGUUUUGGCGUGUAUAUAGAGUAAUUAAAUCGGCCUGAGAUUAUUUGGAAACAGCGUGGAGACAAUAAUAUGGCCGUGGCGCCCGCUAUGUCUAGAAAUACAGUGCCUCUGACACCGGACUUUCAGUCUCAUAGCCUAGUUUCACCAUUAGUGCAACGUAAUCGUACAAAAUAUAGACCAAAAUGAAAUCCAAACACCCAUUAUAGUACCUAAAUUCACGUGUACAUAACAUUUAAAGUAUUUAUCGAUGUUAAAUGACGGUUUAUUGUGUUUUCUGACUUUCAUAGACAAAGCCUCAGAAGCUAUAAGUUACCUUCUCAAUUUGCAUUCCAAUUUUAUUGAUUAUACUAUACCUACUGUAUGCCUCAGAUUGUACACAUACAUACUACGUACCUUUUAAAGACUGCUUCAACUGACAGACAUUAGGACAGUCAUACGGCAGAAUACAAUGGGGUAAGAAAUUGUUAAAUAGCUUUACAGAUGGCGCCAGCAUAGGCUUUACCUGUCUCUAGUUUUGUUUAAUGAGAUUUAGCUUAACGAACUAGUAACAUAAAAUCAAAAGAAGUAUUUGACACUAUUAUUAUUUAUUAGGAUUGACAGGUAAAACUUUGGUGUGUACCUGUAAUUUUUUUUUUAACGGCCAACCCCAUCGCGAAAUUUGUCGUUAGGACGUUCGAUCUCCGAAUAUCUGUCUGUAACGCAGCUAUUUUCCAACGCACAUAUAAAUAUAAUCAUGUUACACACUUAUUUUGUUUCUUCGUUACAUGCGCUUAGAUUUCAGGAUUUAUUUAGAACUUGAAUUUGCUCCAUAUUUCGUUGACAUGUACCUACUAAGAAUAGAAGAAAAUGCAUGUAUUUCCAC